UGUAUUUUUUUAAUAUUUUUUAUGUAAUAUUAAAAAUUAAGUGUAGUAUUUAAAUAUAAUUAAAAAAAUUGAUUCAAUCUAAUUACUAAUUUAGUUGGAUUAGAUUAUAUUUGGAGAAUUACUUUAUAUAAUUUUUUUUUUGAACUUUUUCUUUUUUAUAAAUUUACGGUUUGAGUUUUGAAAGUGGUUACAGCUCUAGUUGUAAUAGGAUUUCUAUACGAGUUUUUGUUACAAUUUAGGUUGCAGCGCUAGUUGCAAUAAAGAAUUUCUAUGUAGAAUUUUGUAAAAAUGCAAAAAAAAAAAAUAUUUUAAAGUGUAAAAAUAAAAAAACCCCAUUAUAUUUUAAAUAAUUUUCCAAAUUCCUACUCCUAUAAUCUUCAUACUGUUUCAUUUCGAACUUUCUCCCACUAAAUUUUGCUGUUGAAGACUUUUUCUCUCUGGAACACUCUGGUAGGUAUGAGAACCCUCUUCUCUUUUGAUCGUGUUUUGGUCCCUGAUAUGGGGAUUUGGUCCACCCAUACUGUUCAUGUGGUGGUUUUCCUUCUCAGUGUUUGUCGAUUAGGUGUCUUCUAGUAAUUAAUAUGGGUAUUAAUUUCUCUGAGUCUCUGGGUGUUUCUCUCUCCAAUCCCAUUUGUUUUAUCUGGAACAUUUAUUGCAUUUGGUAUCAUUUCCUCCUUCUCGUCUUCUCCGAUAGUCAUUUCUCAUUAAGUUUCUGCCAUUUUUGCAUUAAAAACUAUCUUUUCACCUUCUAUUUUGCCAUUGGAAACUGUAAGACGGAAGCGGACGAAGAUCAUCAAAAUCUUUCCCUAAUGAGGGCUACUUCGGCUAAUGCUAGGGUUAUGAUUGUGGAUUCCUCAAAAGUCAUUUCUAGAGGAUAUUGGUUUUAUCUAUAUAAGGCAAGAACCAGUAUAUGGAUGCUCAGCAAAAAAUUCAGCAGAAUCGUGUGUUGGAUCAGGUUUCAAAUAGGGAUUCGGCGGGUGCUUCUGAUUCUUAUUUACAGGUUUUUACUGAUGCUGCCAUUGAUGUUCGUGGUCAAAAGCAUAGUUAUGGUAUUGUGGUGGCUGAUGAGUCUGGUGUUGUCAAAGCUGGUGUGGCUAAACCCUGUAUUGGAAGUAUCCCUGCUGUUAUGGCAGAAGCUAAGGCCAUUUAUCAUGCUCUUUUUUGGGUACAGCUACUUCAUCUUCCAGUGGAUACUUUAAAGACAGAUUGUAAAACUAUUGUAGAUAAACUUAAUUCUUGUAAUUGGAAUGCUAGUCCUCUGGAUGAUGUCUUAGUAGGUAUUAAAAACUUGUUAUCUUUCAGUCCUAACCUGCGAAUUGAACAUGUGUAUCGAGAGUCUAAUCAAUUGGCUCAUUGGGUUGCAAAAUUUGGGUUAGGACUAGAUAAUGAGAUUGUGUGGAAUGGUUCUUUGUCGUCCAUUUAACUUGGUUGUAUGCUUUGUACUGUCUAGUUUUAUUUAUUGAAGCACAAGUUAUUUUCAAAAAAAAAAAAAAAAAUUUUGCUGUUGAAG